AUGGAUACAGAGAGACCUAAGACUGGAUAUCAGGUAGCAACAAGUGAUUGGCAAAUAUUUACAAAUAAUGGAAGAUUUGAUAAUAAAUUACCACCAUCUCAACGACUUAUUCGCGCAAAAUCAGCGGGUUAUAAGGUGUUCGUGUUGCCCAUGCCUAAACCUGUGAAAUCGAAACAUGCAACGGCCAUAUCUGAAAAGGCACAACCGCAAGUAGAUAAUGUCGAGAAUUGUGUUCUGGUAUGGUUGCAUCAAUCGACGGACGGAAAAGCUAAGAUCAGUCAAGAAUCAAAAACGCAAUUGCAACAAGUGGUGAAUUCGGUCAAAAUAUUUGUGGAUCCAACAGAAUGUCAAGCAUUCAUGUCUAAGGUCAAAGAUGAAAAGAUUCUUGUGAUUCUCUCAGGCGAAGUCGAAGAGAACUUUGUUUCAAACAUACACGAUGAAAAGCAGCUCGAAUUCAUCUAUAUUUAUAAUCCAAAUAAAGUAAAAGAAGAACCUUGGUUUACUGAAUAUCCAGAAAUUCGUGGUAUUUACGACACUAUACGAUCGUUGAGCGAACAAUUAGGCAAAGAUGUAAAAACCAUCGAUAGCAGUCUUUUAAAUUUUGAAAUAAUGGAAAAAGCAUUAUCAAAAAAUUUAUCUAAGGAGAGUCAGCAAGAAGUAAUGUUCAUGUACGAUCAGUUGUUCCGAAACAUUGUCUUGAAAGCACCGGACGAGAACAUGGAAGAUAUGUAUGAAUUUUGUGAAGAAAAAUAUCGAGCAAAUCAUAAAGCACAAGCAUUUAUCAAAGAACUCAGAACAACCUACACUGCUAAUGAUUCCAUCAAGUGUUACACACGAGAUGAAUUUCUUUAUGGUAUGCUAAAUAAAGCUCUUCGCACUCAUCAGUACGAUAUGCUUUAUGUCUUGCGCGUAUUUAUUCGUCAUCUUCAUGAACAAAUCGCAGAAAGACAAAAAGCAACGGAGAGUAUUGUUGGAAAGACACUGUUUCGUGGACUAACAAUGGAUAAUGAAGAUUUUGAGCGACUUCAAAAAAACAAAGAUGCACUUUUAUCUAUCUCAACGUUUCUUUCUACCAGUUUGGAUCGUAAAGUUGCUCUUGAUUUUGCUAAGCAAGCUGUUGGAAAUAAUAAGAAAGUAGGCCUUUUAAUGGAAAUCACAGUUGAGAAAGAUACGGGAGUUCCUGUAGCCAACAUAAGUACUAUUAGUAAAUUUGAAUACGAAAAGGAGUUGCUAUUUUCCAUGGGAUCAGUGUUUCGCAUCAAUUCACUAAAACACUUAUCUAACGAAGGGAUAUGGGUCGUCUCUUUGACAUUAACAGACGAGCACGACCAGCGUCUUACUGCUUUGAAAGAACAUUUUCAAAAGUCUAUGACGAGCAGUAAUAAUUGCUUGAAUUUUGCUAAAUUAAUGUACCAAUUAGCAUCAUGGAAAAAAUCUGAAUAUUUCUAUUUAAUGACGCUCCAGAUGGAAAGUUCACCACAACUUCGUUCAGUAUUAUAUAAUAAUCUUGCAAUGGUCAAAGAUGAACUGGAACAGUAUGAUGUAGCGCUAGAUUAUUAUAAUAAGUCGCUUGCAUUAAAAGAAACAGAAGCAUCUAACGACGUAUCGAACAAAGCAGCAACAUAUAACAAUAUUGCAACUCUUUAUCGUAAACAAAAGAAAAUGGAUAAAGCUAUUGAAUUUUUUCAAAAAGCAAUUAAAAUCUGUAACACAGAAGAAAAUAAGGAUGAAGAACUGGUAGCCAUAUUGCACACUAAUAUAUCUGGAAUUCUCAAUGAUCAAGGCAAACAUGAGGAAGCUCUUCAAAAAUGUCAAGAAGCCCUCGCAAUUCAAACAAGAAUUUUUCCAGAGAUUCAUCCAUCCAUAGCAAGUACAUACAGUAGCCUUGCUAAUACAGUGUCUUACAUGAAAUUAUAUACAAAAGCUAUUGAAUAUGCUGAAAAAGCUCUCCAUAUUGAUCGACAAUCUUUACCACCAGACCACCCUCAGACAUUGCUUCACAAGAAAAAUCUUGAAGUAUACAAACAACAACUAGAACAGCAUAAGCAAUCUGAUAAAUAA